AUUUCUAAAUAAGGAAAAGUUGAUGUGAGAGUCAUCUAUCACCUCAAAUUUUCUACAUAUUUAGAAUUCAGCCGCCAUGAAAAUUUUCUAUUUGUAAAGGUUGAAUUAAUUUGGAAAUGGCAUGAAUAGAUCUAAAUCUCAGGCAGAGAGUGGAAGUGUGUUGUUUGUUUGAGGGAAAGUGUAUGGAAAAGUUGUUGAAGGAAUCAGGAAGUUCACUCUUGGUACCAUCAGUUCAAGAGUUGUCUAAAGAGAGUGUAUCUAAUGUUCCACAAAGAUACUUUCAGCCUCAACAUCAACAACAAACGCUGCUCAUCUCUCACGAAUCUGAUGCCACCCUUCAGAUUCCAGUCAUUGACAUCCAGAAAUUGCUUUCUCAAGAAUCUGGAAGUUCGGAAUUGAUUAGGCUUCACCUUGCUUGCAAAGAAUGGGGAUUCUUCCAGAUUAUAAACCAUGGCGUGAGCUCUUCUUUGGUGGAUGAAAUAAAGUUGGAGAUUAAGGAAUUUUUCAACCUUCCAAUAUCAGAAAAGAAAAAGUUUUGGCAGAGUUCAGANACUAUGGAGGGUUUUGGGCAAUUAUUUGUUGUGAGUGAAGAUCAAAAUCUUGAUUGGAAUGAUAUGUUCUAUAUGAUCACCCUUCCUACCAAAUCCAGAGUGCCCCACUUAUUUCCACAACUCUAUCUCCCUUUCAGAGACACUCUAGAACUAUACUCACAGAAAAUGAAAGAUCUGGCCAUGAUCAUAAUUGGGCAAAUGGGAAAAGCUUUGGAGAUAGAAGAAAGGGAAAUGAGAGAAUUAUUUGAAGAUGGGAUACAAAUGAUGAGGAUGAANUAUUACCCUCCUUUUCCUCAACCAGAAAAGGUCAUUGGUUUNACAAAUCAUUCAGAUGCAGUAGCUCUAACAAUCCUCUUACAGGUCAAUCAAGUAGAAGGGUUGCAGAUAAGAAAAAAUGGCAUGUGGAUUCCUGUUAAACCCAUACCUAAUGCCUUUGUUGUCAACGUCGGUGACAUAAUGGAGAUUAUUACGAAUGGAACAUAUCGGAGUGUUGAGCAUCGAGCAAUAGUGAAUUCUGAGAAGGAAAGACUUUCAUUUGCUACAUUCUAUAGCCCUAGAGAAGAUGCUGUCAUAGGUCCUUCAGCACGUUUGAUAACUGAUCAAACACCACCACAGUUCAAGAGUAUAAGAGUUGAUCAGUAUUUUAAGGACUUCUUUGCUCGAAAACUUGAAGGAAAGUCCUACAGAGAUAACAUGAGAAUAGAGCAUCCUAAUUGAACUUAUUAAAAUUACGAAAAAAAGAUAUAUUCGCACCAGUUAUGAGGGUUGUAUGAACAAUAGAGAAGUUAAAAUAACAUCAUAGUUCUAUCUAAUAAUAAUCCAAGUAAGUUUAUGUAAGGAAUGCUUGUAUGCAUAACAUCAUGUCAUAUAUGUUCUUCACUCUAUCUUCAUGACUCACAGCAUCAAUAUUACUUAAUGCAUAGUAACAGUGACAGAGACUGAAUUCAAUUUGAUGAAAAUCCAAAAGCUCCUCUUCCUCUUAAUGUUUUCUCUGUCUCAAUUUGAACUCGAUUUUUCAGCUGUUAAAUAUGAACUUUUUCUCA